GAUCGUUGAUCGGUCUGAUGAAUGACUGACACAGCUCAAAUUUGAAUGAUGGUUCGCCUGAUCCAAAUCUAGGAGACAACCACAAAUGGACGCUCCAAAUCUUGCGGAUCACUCUGGGGGGAGCGCCCAGCGAUCCUCUGGUCCCCUAGUCUUGACAGAUGCGAUCGAGCUUAUCGCAGACCCACGCACCAGCCAACACGGCGCCAGUGGCCCCCCUUCUUCUGCGACCAACGAUCCACAAGAUCAACCUCGUUCCAUCUCCCCCGUUCCAUCCUACAGGACGUAUCGGUCUCGCGCUGACACCUUCACUCAACAAAACGCUCCGGACCGAGCAAUACAACAAUCUUCAACACAUUUAAUCCCUCUCACCCCAAUCAAAUGGACCCGACCAACAUUAUCCUUCAUCAUCCAGAAUAACCCCAGAGAAUUCACUUACCUGGCUUUGCUCGUCUUCAUACUCGUUGCGACCAUGUCUGGAUGGAUUGUCUUCAUGGUGCUCGUCCCGGGUGCAGGACUCGGGACGGCGGUCGGCGCGGACGGACCAAACUUCAAUACUACCAAUCAGGCCAUCUCCAUUUUUGGUCUGAAUGGCUUGAAUGAUAAUAUCGCGGAUUCAGAUUUCAAUGACCCCUUCGAUGACAUUGACUCUGCUGAUAUUUUGGAAACUGGUCUGAGCGGAGGCGGAUCCCUGCGGCGGCGACGUGAUGAGCCCCCCGACUCGGAUAGCAGUGAUGAGAAUGACGGUGCGGAUUCUGGCGACCUUGGCAACACUGCCUUGCUCAGUGUCAAUGCCGGAUUUCUGCUCGUGUGAGUGUCUAUAGUCGUACUGCACACGCUCAAUGACUGGCCUGUCAUGUCGCACAGUAUCGUCUGCACCAUUGGUCUGUUCAUCCGGCAUGUAUUCCACAUCUCCAGACACUUUCGACCGCCCCAGUCGAAGGCCCCUUUGCCCACCCUGACACUUGACGAUUUCAAUCUACCUCCAUUACGACAAAGUCAUAGGCGCACCACGUCGACACACUCAUCGGACCAAAUGUCCCGGAUGAUGCCCCCGUGGUCAAGUCACUUACCUUCGUACCAUCCGGCGGCGGGACAGGGCGACAGGGGAACGGGAGAUGUGGAAGAUGGUCUCAUUGAUCGGUCCGGUCAUUUGC